ACCUAACUCAAACCGGUGGCGGUAAUCGCAAUUAAACAUGAUAACUAAACAGAGUUAGAAUAGCUUUACUCUCUCUCACACACUUUACCCUUUCAAGACUGGCACAGUACAUCACAGCACAGUUAGUUAUCUAUCUUCUUCUAGAUUGGUUCAGAAUUGAAACUGAAAAAGAAAGUUUGUUACUAUGCCAGGCCCUGGUCCUCACCUGAUGUACGCCAUGGGCUCGGGCUUGGGUCUAACCGCCAUCUCUAACGGAAGAUUUAGCCCACACCACACACUCACCUACACCAUCAACUCCUUCUUUGGACCUGAUAUUGGCUCCUUCUCCGAAUGGCUUGCCUCUCUUCUUGGCAGUCCAGCUGCUGCAACCGUAGCCUCCGCCGUAGCCGAUCUCAUCCACCAUCCCUUCUAUUACAUCCUUAUCUUAGGAAUUCCUCUCUGUUUUCUUUACUCUAAGAUUUCCUCUUUUCUUCUUCAUUCACACCUUCUUGAUUCUUCUCUUUCCAAGGUGCCUCUUACAAAGAUGCAGUGUUUUUUCUUGAUUUCCGCCGGCUCUUUUACUCAUUUCUUUCUAGAUCAUCUCUUUGAGGAGAAUGGGAAAACAACCAUGUACACUUGGAUUUUGAGCACUGGCUGGUGGCAAAGUCGAGCACCAGUUAACCCGGAUGCAGUUGUUGUAGUGAGCUUCUUAUGUGCUUGCUUAAUUGGUGGAUUCCUCUAUCUGAACAGAGCAAGUUCCUCAAAUUCAAUAAGGAAAAAGUCAUACCAGUCAAUGCUACUUAUGGUAUCCAUAGCUUCUUUAUACUGCUUAUGGUGUAUAAUUCAGAUCUACUGGAUCAAUCCGCGCCGUCCAGCGGUUGGAGAAGAAGCUGAUCUUGGUGUUCUUGUGUUCUUAGCUAUAUAUUUCUUUCUACCUUAUGGAUUGUGUAUAGUGUCCAUGUACCCAAAAGAUCCUGAUUCUAAUCAAAUUCCACUUUAACAGAAUGUUUAUCCCCUGACAUAUAUACUCAUAUUUUUGCCAAUGCAAUCUAGUUACAAACUUACACGGUUAUCUAGAAUCUUGCCGCAAGUAGCUUAUAUAACUCACCGGGCAUAUGUGAUGUAGUACAAUUAUUUUUGGAAUUGAACCUGAAUUUUUCAGUACAUGUAUAAUAAAUAUAACAUGUUAGAUGUAAUUUGAUGCAAAGUGUGACUCAAUGUAGAAGUUAGACUUUUGAUUUGUAUCAUAAUGUACUUGUAAGUUGUUCGACUAAAGCAUAUUGUAAGUAACAUACUAAUUUUGCCCGGUUGAAUAUGAAAUUUUGUUAUUAUGACUGACA